AUGUUUGGAAAGAGACUUUGUGUUCCUAAUGAUGAGUCAUUUAAACAAGAAAUACUUGAUGAAGCUCAUAAUUCUGCUUAUGCCAUGCACCUUGGUGGUAAGAAAAUGUACAGAACCCUCAAUGAAUAUUAUUGGUGGCCGAACAUGAAAAGAGAAAUUGUAGCUUGUGUGAGUAGAUGCUUUGUUUGUCAGCAAGUGAAAGUAGAGAGGCAGAAACCAUCGGGUUUAUUACAGACUUUACUAAUUCCGGAAUGGAAAUGGGAACAUAUCACCAUGGAUUUCAUUCACAAAUUACCUCGUACUCAGGAUGGUAAUGAUGGUAUUUUGGUGAUUGUGGAUCGACUCACUAAGUCCGCUCAUUUCUUAGUGGUUAUGGAAACCUUCAGUUUGGAUAAGUUGGCAAGACUGUAUGUGAAUGAAAUUGUGAGACUUCAUGGUGUACCUGAAUCCAUUGUUCUGAUCAUAAUUUCGGUUUCACAUCACGAUUUUGGAGCACUACUUUCCACCCUCAGACUAAUGGACAAUCUGAGAGGACCAUUUAGACCUUGGAAGACAUGUGUUGUAAGAUUUGGUAAACAUGGGAAGCUUAGUCAUAGAUAUAUUGGUCCUUAUAAGAUUGUGGGGCAAGUUGGUCUUGUGGCCUAUCGCUUGGCAUUACCCCGGCAGUUGUCUAAGAUACAUAAUGUCUUCCACGAAUCCAUGCUUCACAAGUAUGUGGCUGAUCUUUCACAUGUGUUACCAGCUCAACCUAUUACACUCAGGGAGGAUUUGACUUAUGAAGAAGAACCAGUUCAGAUCCUUGACCACCGUGAGCAGGUACUCUGA